AUGGCAGAGCGACCAGUUUCGAUAGUGUCGGACGGCGCAUUGGCGAAUGCAGCAUCGGUCCCUCUCCCUCAAGGAGAUGGGAACUCGCUCAACGACCCUCAAGCAGCGCUCGACUCGCGGACGCCCUCCUCUGCUGCCUUGCGCGACUCCGCUGCACUAGCGGAUUCAACUACAGCGCUCGGCCCCGGCAAUAAUGCAGUGGAUUCAUCGAAAGAAGCGGCGGAUUCAGCAGCGGAAGGUGGCCAGGCUGGUGAGCCUGCCUCCACCUCGAGGAAACGACGACCCCUUCUCAUUGCCCUCCUGGCCCUGCUCGCGCUCGCAAUUGUGGUGCUGGCCGUUGUCCUCCCGGUCUAUUUCAAGGUCAUCAAACCCCGACAAAAUCGAGAUGGCUCGACCGAUGGGUCCAGCGGCAGCGGCACCGACGGUAACGAAUCGACAUCAGCCCCUUCGCCUACCGGGUCUGCUACUCCCACCAACCCUACGUCUGGUGGUGACGGAUCGACAGUCACGACCGAAGAUGGAACUACGUUUACCUAUUCCAACCAGUUUGGCGGUUUCUGGUAUUCGGAUCCCGACGAUCCUUACAAUGACAGCGCCCAACCAAACUCGUGGACACCUCCGCUGAACGCUAGCUUCGAUUACACGACGACUCGCAUCUUUGGCGUGAAUCUUGGUGGUCUCUUCGUAUUGGAACCUUUUAUCUCCCCUGCUCUAUUCCAGAGAUACCCUGGUGCCAGAGAUGAAUGGGAUCUCAGUGUAGCUAUGGCCGCAGAUACCGCGAACGGCGGUCUCGAUCAACUGGAGGAACAUUACAGGACAUUCAUCACGGAACAAGACAUCGCUGAGAUUGCGGGCGCCGGCUUGAACUGGGUCCGUCUCCCUGUUCCUUUCUGGGCGAUAGACAAGUGGCCUGGUGAGCCCUUCCUUGAGAGGACUUCCUGGAGAUAUAUCGUUCGAGUGCUGCAGUGGUGUCGAAAAUACGGUCUCCGUGUGAACCUCGAUCUUCACACUAUCCCUGGUUCACACAAUGCUUACAACCACGGCGGAAAACUGAAUGCGUUCAAUUUCCUCAACGGCGCGAUGGGCAUGGCAAACGCCCAGAGGGCUUUGUACUAUAUCCAGGUAUUCACCGAGUUCAUCAACCAGCCUGAAUGGCGAAACGUCGUACCGAUGUUCAGCAUCAUGAAUGAGCCUAUCAUUGGCACCAUCGGUGUUGAUCAAUUGCGUUCGUUCUACGUCGAAGCGCAUCGCAUUAUGCGCGAAAUUACUGGAUACGGAGAAGGCAAUGGACCAUACAUGGUCAUCCACGAUAGUUUCCGUGGUCCUGGUCCGUGGGCUGGCUUCAUGACUGGCGCUGAUCGAGUGGGAAUGGACGUUCACCCUUACUUCGCCUUCAAUGGUGAUUCCGACCCUCCGACUAUCGACGGUGGUGUUGGUCCUGGUGCAGGCAACGGUUGGCCUCUUCGCGCAUGUAAUCGAUUCAAUGCCAUGAUGAAUGACAGUCGAAGGGAUUUCGGUGUUACAGUCGCUGGGGAAUUCAGCAACGCCUGGCAAGAUUGCUCUCUCUUCCUUCGUGGAGUAGGUGGGAGGGCGGACUACGGUGGUGACUGCACCCCCUGGCUGGACUCUUCCGGUUGGUCGGAUGGUGUCAAGGCCGGCCUUUUGGCGUUUGCUUCUGCUCAAAUGGAUGGGCUUGGCGAUUGGUUCUUCUGGACAUGGAAGAUUGGCGAAUCAGAGCGCGGUAUUGUUGAAUCGCCCUUCUGGUCCUACCAGCUUGGUCUCCGAAAUGGAUGGAUGCCGACCGACCCUCGCACUGUAAUUGGUACUUGCCAGGCCCUUGGUGUCUAUACCCCAUGGGAUGGAACCUUCCAACCAUACAUGAUUGGAGGUCCUGGUGCAGGGGCACCUUCCGAUGCUUCCAGCUAUCCAUGGCCACCCACCGCGCUCGGUGAUGGCAAUGCUGUCGCAGCACUUCCCACUUAUGCUACCACCGGCAGUCCUGUCGUCCUGCCCGCACCCACUUUCACCGAUUCGCAAGGCAACGAGAUCCUUCCUAGCGGCACUCAGGCAAGCCACCCCGCGCCAACACCCAUCGCCGGAUGCACCUAUCCUGAUGGCUGGGACUCUGACGGUGUACCACCCCCUGCGCUUUGUGGAGUCUUUAGAGCCAUUGAGACCGCGCUCUCCCCUUUCGUAACUAUUGCCUCUAAACCGUGCUCAGUAAUAUCUAACAUGAUUUAUCAUGUUCUGUGCCAGAAGACUAGUUGUUCCCACACAGUCAGGCCUGAGGUGUCCUUUCAUGUUGCGUACAACUUGAAGGUCGCUUACACUCCUUCACUGGUUACGAUAGGCGCGUUCUUUGUCUCGCCGCAAGUGUCUCGUGGUAGCGCAAAAGGAACAGUGAAGCUCCGAAUCAAGCCAUACGUCCGGAAGCCGCUGAACUUGUACCUGCCCCACCAUCAGGGCCCACGUAGCAUCGCGUUCAGGAACCACUUUGAUAACGGAGACGUGUGCUAUAAUCUCUUCAACUUCUCUCAUCCCACAGAGGAGACGGUGUUUAUCGUUCAAACUGACAAGGUUGGAGAGAAACGAUCUCGUCACAGUGCCAUCAGCGAGGCCAGAGAUUUGAAAAUUAAGGGCUGCGGAAACAGCCACUUCUGGACCCCGAGGUCGUAUUCUACUUACCUGAUGCUCGAAUCACUGAUCAUCUGUGCCUGA